AUGGCCAUGAGAUUGCUGUCUCGUCCAUUCCCUUUCACAAGGAUCAUAACCGCCCCUGCUCCACUGUCUACUAGGAGCUUCGCCGUCCAGUUCUCGACAUUCAACCCCAAGAUGCGCAAGGACCCUUUUAAGCCCGCAGCCCGUGUGGCCGGUCAGAAGCAAGAUGUCUGGUCUAUCGUCAACGAAGCCGCUGCUUCGUCCAAGGUCGCUGAUGUUGUGAACAUGNGGCAUAGACAAGGCUUCUUCGGCUACAACNCCCCUCAAUUCGUAAUCGACGCCGCCAAGGGUGCUCUGGACAGAGUCGAAUGCAACCAGUACUCGCCCACCAAGGGACGACCUCGUCUGAAGAAAGCCCUCGCCGAUGCCUACUCCCCCUUCUUCGGUCGCACUCUAGACCCUGAAAAGGAGGUCACAAUCACAACUGGUGCAAACGAGGGCAUGCUCUCGGCCUUCAUGGGCUUUGUCGAACCCGGCGACGAGGUCAUUGUCUUCGAGCCCUUUUUCGAUCAAUAUAUCCACAACAUUCAGAUGCCUGGCGGUAAGGUCGUCUACGUGCCCCUACACCCUCCGGAGAAGGGCGCUACUCAGACCACUUCGGCUGGAGACUGGUCAAUCAACAUGGACGAGCUAAAAGCUGCCAUCAACGACAACACCCGCAUGAUUGUUCUCAAUACUCCUCACAAUCCCAUCGGCAAAGUCUUUACACGCGAAGAGCUGCAAGCCAUCGGUGAUCUGUGCGUUGAGCACAACAUUAUCAUUCUGAGCGAUGAGGUCUAUGAUCGUCUUUACUACACUCCUUUCACCCGCAUGGCUACUCUUUCACCCGAAAUCGCCAACCUCACACUUACCGUUGGCUCGGGAGGUAAGAACUUCUACUGCACCGGCUGGCGCGUCGGAUGGUUGAUUGGCCCCGAGCACCUCAUCCAACCCGUCAGUGCUGCUCACACCCGCAUCUGUUACAGCAGUGUCAGCCCGCUGCAAGAAGCCACCGCUAUCGGCUUCGAGGAGGCUGAUAAGCACGGCUUCUGGGACGAGACCAAGGCUGAGAUGCGAGCCAAGAUUGACCGCUUCGUGGCCAUCUUCGAUGAGCUUGAUCUACCUUACUCCGACCCUGAGGGUGGUUACUUUGUCCUUGUAAACAUGUCCAAGGUGAAGCUUCCUGCCGACUAUCCUUUCCCUGAGCAUGUCGCAAGCCGUCCUCGUGAUUUCAAGCUCUCAUACUUCAUCAUCAAGGAGCUAGGUGUCGCUGCCAUCCCGCCCACCGAGUUCUUCACCGAUGACAAUGCUCAUAUCGUCGAGGACUGGUUGCGAUUUGCUAUCUGCAAGAACGACGACGUGCUUGACAAGGCCAAAGACAGGCUCAGAGGUCUGAAGAAGUACAUGCAAUGA